AUGCAUCUUCAACCUCGAGUCGUGCAAAGUGCUCUUCUGGCUGCAACCACCUCGGUGAAUGCUCCAUUGUCAUCCGAGGCCCCGGAAGGCGCUGUCCAAGCUCCUUCUAAUUUUGUCGGCUUCGGGUUUGAGACGGCGUUUAUCAACGAUUACACGAAUGAAUUUACUCUCAAUCUGCUCGAAUCUAUUGCUGAGCGACUUGGCACAGCACCAACAAUUCGCAUCGGUGGAACCAGCGGUGACCGUGUACUCUUUGAUCCAAGCCAGGAUGAGGUGAAAGUCUGCAUUGCCGGCGAUUGCCCGAUUGGCUCCGCGGCAACGUACAUCCUAGGACCCAGCUAUUUUGAUGGAUUUUCGAGCUUUCAAGAUUUUGACAUGACUUUCCAAGCUCCACUGGGUCCUACGCUCAACAUCUCAAACACUCUUACAUAUGUGUCUCGGGCAUACAAGAAUGUCGGCAAAGACCGUUUGGCGGCAAUCGCAAUUGGGAACGAGCCUAAUCUCUAUCCUUCACAAUACGGCAUUACAUAUACUGUCGAUCAAUAUGUCAACGAUUCAAAGACAGUCAUGAGUGAUGUUUCGAACACUUUGGGAUUGGGCAAGUCACGUAUAUUUGAGGUGCUUGAUUUUGCAACAAGAAGUCCUCUCUUUGACCUGUAUGUUCCUUUUUCUCAAGGGUUGAGUAUGCAGAAGAUGCUAAUAAUCUUCUCCAGCGCGGAUACAUUCGAGAAUAAUAUCGAUAGUUCCGACAACGUCAAAGUCGCCGCCUGGCACUACUAUCAGCUCGGGACUGACUAUACAACUACGGCGCAACAGCAGACCUAUCUUAUGAACCACAGCGCUAUUACCUCAUUGGUCGGUUCUUUUACUUCUCAAAUCGAGUAUCUACAGGCCAACGACCCUGAUGUCCAGUUUGUGUUGAGUGAAACCGGUUCUGGCACCGCGAGCUCCGUUGAAAUUCAGGCCGGAUUCGGAGCGGCCUUAUGGUGCAUCGACUUUCAGUUAUACAGCUUGACGCAGGGCGUUUCUCGGAUUGAUGCCACGCACCGUCCUGCAGCUCUACACAGUUACUGGGUGCCAGACGACUCUGCCGGAGAUACCAACCCUGGACCCCAGGUGCGUGGUGUCUGGUACGCUCUGCCGUUUAUUGCGGACUUCAUUGGACAUAACCCAGGCAAGGUCGCAGAGGUGGACCUGGGGUCAGACGUGCUCACCGCAUAUGCGAUGUAUGAUAGAUUUACCAAUCGUUUGGCCAAAGUCGCGCUGAUCAACCUGCGCACAUGGGUGGAAGGAGAGAGUACUAGUGAUCGUGGGUCAGAGAAUGUCUCAAUUCCAAUCAGUUUCGGCACAUUUACCUACAAGGUGGAGCGCCUUGUGUCUGCUGCUGGUGCUCAGGCCAUGGGAUUCGACUAUGGAGGCCCGACGGAGAACAUCACCUGGGCCGGUGAGCAAUGGAGUUACUCGAUCGGGCAAGGCAAAGGACACCUAGUGCCUGGUAUUCCGACAGAGGAGACUCAUAUUGUUACCGGCGGCGAGGUGAAGGUUGAAGUAUCGGAUAGCGAAGCCGUCCUUGUUACAUUCUACGGAUUGUAA